AAGGCGGUCAGCCGGUGGAGGGGGAGCUACGGUACUCGAGCACUGACAGGAUGCAACGCGAUGUGAUAUGGCGCAAGGAGGGGGAGGAGAGAGAGGAGAGAGAGGCCAGGGAAUGGUAAUCGGAGUGAUGCAAAUUGCCCCAUCGUCCUUCCAAAGGCUUAUGUUACAUGUCAUCGUAAUCUUCAAGACGAAAGCGUGGAGCAACAGUCUCACGAAUACUGGUUGGCCAUCGAUCAUGGCUCAACCAACAGGGAAUCAAAUUGGAAUAUGCCCCUUACCUCCCUCAGACUGCAUAAGUCUCUUCCCGAUAAUUCUGGGAUUACCGUAGGUGGAAGUCCGCAUCUUGGGAGGUGCGUUAUACGGGAUCCGGGCCAUUCCAGCUGGUGAGCUUGUGUUUUCUUCCGCUGGAUACGGUAGCCGCCCACCCUAUGGCGCUUCUGCCCACGCAAAAGUGGCUCAUAAGCUAUCCAGCUGCUAAUGUGGUUCGUU